CAACCGAGGAAGAGGAAAAAGGAAGAAGCGACGGCGAGAAGCGGCGGCGGGGGAGGAGGAGGCCGGUGCUGGCAGCGGUUUGGGGGGAACUCGAGGCGCCCACCGCAGCCCCCCGUGCACACUCCUGGGUGCCCACCUCGAAGUUCGCCGGCAUGGCCAACACCACCUCGCUGCGCUGCCGGGUGGUGGAGGGGAAGGACCUGCCCGCCAAGGACGUGUCCAGCUCCAGCAAUCCCUACUGUGUGGUCAAGGUGGACAACGAGGUGGUGGCCAGGACAGCCACGGUGUGGAAGAGCCUGAACCGUUUUUGGGGGGAGGAAUUCACCCUGCGCCUGCCCCGUGGCUUCCGCAGCCUCACCGUCUGCGUGCUGGAUGAGGACACCAUAGGGUAGGGGGGGCAACAGGGGGGCAUUGACAACUGGCUCAGCCUCGUGCCUGUGAACCCCGACGAGGAGGUGCAGGGGGAGAUCCACCUGGAGCUGUGUGUCCCCGAGCAGGGCCACCCGGGGGUGCUGCACUGCCACCUCAUCGAGACCAGGGAUCUGGACCCCCGGGAUCCCUCGGGCACCUUGGACCCCUUCGCCCGGGUCGGGCACACGUUGGACAUGACCGUGGUUAAGAAAACCCAUUUCCUGCACUGGGAUGAGGUACUGGAGUUGGACCUGCCCAAAGGAGGAGCUGUGCCAAGUGUGGAGCUGUGGGACUGGGACAUCGUGGGCAAGAACGACUUCCUGGGGCGGAUCGAGUUUCUCUUGGACACCAUCAACGGACACCCCAGGGGCUGGUUCCAGCUCCUGCCCUGGCCCAGCACCAGGCAGGACCACGGGGGGCAGUUGGGUGCUCUGAGGCUGGCGCUGAGGCUGCUGGAGGACACGGUCCUGCCCCCCCACCACUACCAGCCCCUCACCGAGCCCGUCCUCUGCCCAGACCAGCCCCCCAGUGGCACAGCCCUGGCCAUCCUGGAGGAGGUGACCUCGGGGGAGAGCCAGCAGGACGUGGCCAUCAAGCUGCUGAAGAUCUUCCUGGGGCAGGGGCUGGCUGUGCCCCUCCUGGACUAUCUCACCACCCAUGAGCUGGCCAGGACCACUGAUCCCAACACCCUGUUCCGCUCCAGCUCGCUGGCCUCCAAGUCCAUGGAGCAGUUCAUGAAGGUGGUGGGGCUGCCCUACCUGCACGAGGUCCUGAGGCCCGUGGUGCCCCGUGUCAUCGAGGAGAAGUACGUGGAGCUGGACCCUGGCAAGAUGGAGCUGAGCUGGGGCAGAUGGGCACGGGAACACACGGGUGACACUGGAAGGGGCUGCCCAGGAGGGGGUGGAGUCACCGUCCCUGGGGGUGUUCAGGGACAGACUGGGUGUGGCCUCAGUGCCAUGGGCUGGGUGACACCGUGGGGUUGGGUCACAGGUUGGACUCGAUGAUCUCAGAGGGCUUUUCCAACCUGGUUGAUCCCGGGAUUAGGAGUGACUCUGUGGGCAGAG